AUGGACGCGACCGAUUACGACGAGCAAUAUUUCAUUUUUGACAACCGGCUGUCCUCUUUCCAAGGCCCGCAACCCGUCGCCAAGCGGAGGCCGUCAACCGCUGCUGGAUCUAGAGCGCCCAAGGCCCUGACGUGGCCUCACAAAUCGCCGGCUCCCAUUGACCUCGCGCGAGCUGGUUUCUUCUUCAACCCACAGCCGAGCAACCCCGAUAACGUUCGCUGCUUUCUCUGCCACAAAGACCUCGACGGCUGGGAGGAGGACGAUGACCCGCUACAAGAACAUCUCAAGCACUCGGGCUCGUGUGGCUGGGCCAUCUGUGCUGCCAUAGAGCUCGAGCUGGGCGACGUUGUCAACGAAGACCCGCGUCUGCCAUACCUCCUGGAUGCCCGCAAGUCCACCUUUGGUGGUCGGUGGCCAUACGAGAGCAAAAAGGGUUGGAAAUGCAAGACCAAACAACUCGCCGAGGCGGGAUGGAAGUACACGCCUACACUGGAGUCGGAUGACAACACUACGUGCACGUACUGCCAGCUCGCACUCGACGGCUGGGAGGCUAGCGACAAGCCAAUAUUGUACAGGGACGAGCAUCAAAGACGGUCGCCCAACUGUCCGUUUUUCACACUCAUCAGCACAAACCCGGCACCGAAAAAAACAACACGCGGCAAGUCGGCAAGAACGUCUAAGGCGACGCGUCUUUCCAUCCAGUCCGUGGCCACAGUGACUUCCGACGCGCAGUCCGUGGCCGACCCCGACGACAGCAUCCUCACAACCACCACCGUCGUGACCCAGGGCGGCCGGAAAACCGCACGGGCACGUAAGACAGCAACUGGCACGACGACAGCUAAAGGCCGCAAGACGCGUACAAAAAAGGACGAACCGGUCCCGGUACCUGGGCCUGAGCCGGAGGUUGAAAGUACUAUAAUUCCUGAGGAAGAAGCCGCUGCUGCCGAGCCCCUGCCACCGGUGCCCCCAAAGGCGUCACGGGGUAAGAAGCGGACAAGCGACGAAAUUGAUUCGGCUGCCGCGGAUGCAGUUGAGGCGCCGGCGCCCAAGAAGAAGCGUACUACGCGUGUCCGUGCGAGCAGCAACGCGGUGCAAGCCGAAAGGAACGACUACGCCAUGUUUGAUCCUAUGCCACGGGAGGCCGACGAGUCCGCUAUUGAUGCCGAGCUACGCGCAUUGGAGAAGGAUAUGGAGGUGGACGUCGAUAUGGACCAGCAGCUACAACAGCAACUGGAGAAAGAACAGGAGCAGGAGAUCCAGGUUCCUAAGAAGGGCCGGAAGACGGGCACACGCAAGGCGUCUAAGCAAAUACGGAAGACGAAAGCAGCCUCGGUUGCUCCCGAGCCAGAGAUUGAAAUCGCCGCGCCAGAACCAGAAGUACCGCAGAAAGAUAAAAAGACGGAGCCGGAGCUUCAGCCAGAGGUUCAGCAGCCGGAACCACCGACAGCUGGAUACAGUAGUAUUCCCGAGGCCAAGCCGAAGACCAAGGGCAAAACGAAGUCGAAGAAAUUGUCCCUUCCUCCCCGGCAUUCAGCGCAACCACGACUGUCUCUGCACGAUAUUGAACAGAUGGAAGGGCCAGACGAGCUGCACGAGGAAAGCUUUCUGAGCGUUGGCAGCAGCGGCACAGUUGUCCAUGAGGCUGUCGAAGAGCCAGAGCCAGCACCGCCUGCAGCUGCGCCGCCAGCAAAAAAAGGCCGUGGCCGGCCACCAAAGAAAUCAGCCGAGUCUACGUCGUCUUCAGUACGGUCCAGCGCUGCUGAGCAAGCCAUCGAGGCCCAGCUGCAAGCAACGGCCCCAACCAAAAUUACGCCGAUUCCACCCCCGUCCAUCCCUGCCAUGGCCAUGUCUGCUGAGCAGUCUGCGCCGAAAAAGCGCAAGAGCAGCAAUGUUUCGAACAAGGAGACAGUCGUUCCGACAGCAGCUAAAAAGUCGCAAACGGACAAGGAUAAGGCCCUGCCUCCUUUGCCGCAGUCCAAACCGGCGCAACAACAGCGAGAUUCCCACGCGGGCAUCACUCCUGUGCCAGUACCCGUGCUCGUCUCGAUGCCUGCGCGUGUAGAGAGCCCCGCACCCGCCACACCUCGCAAGCAGCAGUCGCCCGUUGCGCUCGCCAAGCAGGCGACGCUGUCGCCGUCGCAGUCGCCGCAGUCAUCAGAUGCCGAGAACCAGCCUCCGUCGUCACGGCCAGCGACCACGAGCGCCAAGGGCAAGCGUGUUGCACUGGCUCCCAUACAGAUGCCGCUUCCGGCGGUCAACGCUGUCACGCCUGGCGGCGUGUCGACGCCCGUGCGUACGGGAUCGCCAUCGAAGAGGGCCAACAUCCUAGGUGGUGGACUGCGCAGCGCCAUCUCCUGGUCUGCGGUCGACGUGGAUGCAAUCUUUGGGCUCAACAAGGAGAACGGCGACGACAUCCUGAAAAGCCUGUUGCGGAAGGGCACAGAUCUGAGCACGCCAGAGAAGGGUAUGACGGUGGAAGAGUUUAUCUUCCACAACGCGGGACAGGCGGAGCGUCUGCUCAAGGAGGAGUGUGAGGCGAUGGUGAGCAUCUUUGAGCAGCAAGGGUCACGGGCGAUGCACGUGCUGGAGUCACUUGAGGUGGAGGAGUAG